AUGCUCCUGACAAAAACCUGCAGUGCAGGCGCUCGACUGUGCCCAGCACCCCACCUGACCUCCCACCAGCAGCAGCCAGAUCCCUACCACACCAGCCGCACCGCCAAGGCCGAGUCGAGUCAUGGCGCACGAUCGCGUGUGUGUGUGUGUGUGUGUGUGUGUGUUAACGAGUUCGAACGUAAGCGCCAGUAUGCGAAAAUAGUGACGGACAAGCACUCCGCAUUUGUCAUCUUUUUAAUUAUAUACUCAGUUUUACAAGCACAUGAAGAUGUGAUAGGUAGCUCAAGCAUAUCUCUCUCUCUCUCUCUCUCUCUCUCUCUCUCUCUCUCUCUCUCUCUCUCUCUCUGUGUGUGUGUGUGUGCAAUGGCAGAGGGUGAUGGCAGUGCUGCGACGGCGGCGGCGGCGGCGACCACGGGCGGCGCAAAGCGCAAGUACUUCUUUCGAAAGCCACGGAGCAAGUCGCCAGUGCCAACGUCCCAGACGACGACCCUGCCACCCCACGCGACAAUCGACGGCUUCAACGUAGGCAGCAGUGCUUUCUUUGGCGGUAAUCUUCGAGCCAUGUCCUUUGUCCGAUCCCCCGAACGAGACCACUCCUUCUCCAUCGACUUGCCCCUCUCCAUGCCCUGCGCUGCCAAGUGCGGCUACACGGGGAAUCCCGCUCGCGCCUGGUGUAAGGCUCAAACCAAAACUGUCUCUCUCCGCCUCUCGGCCUUCCCUCCGCUAGACGCCGACGUGCUCAAUUACCUGCUUCGCAUCACGGGCUUCAAAACGCCCAACCAUGUUCGCGAGGAAAUUGUUUUUCGGUCAGCCUCAGGCAGCCGAUUUUUCGGGUUUUGCGCCUGCUACACGAUCUAUGGCGUGGGAGUCAAGCCCUGGCACACUGGAAAGCAUCCGCGGACCCAGUUUGACAAGGUCCCGCAGCAGGGCACCUCGGCCUGUACCUACAUCGCCGGUGUCAAUACAGUGCGCUUUGUGGUCGGAUCCGGCACCGAGGUACCCUCCCCCGAUAUUUGGAGUGACAACAUUGCCCGUGGCAUCCUUGCCUAUCAGGACGCUCGCGCCGUCAAUCCCAACGCGGAUCGUCACGUCGAAAUUGCCGAGGCUUUGCCCUUUGUUGUGCGCCAGCUCGGCAUUCCCGCGGAUGCGGUAACCUUUACAACGCAGGUCGUGACGUUACUCAAGCCCGCCACCAUCAGUGAAGCCGACUUUUGGGAAAUUGCUGGCGAAGAGGCUUUUCAUCAAUUUGGCAAAGCUGGGCUGAUAGCCUGCCUCAUGCAAGCUGUUGCUGCCGAAGAGGCGCCCAAGAUUUCGUCUCGGACCUCCUUGAGCGAAGAAUGGGAGCCCGUGACACAUGCCGAGGCGCGCGAGGAGCCCUCAGUCGAGAUCCGCCAUACCCGCGAGUGUGCCCUUGUCAUGACUCGGCCACCCGAAACGCACUCGAUCAUUCGGGACGCGCAGGGUGUCAUUUACUUUCGGGACUCGCACCGUCGUCAACAGUAUGAUUUUGACAACGAGGCUGCCUUUGCCGAAUGGUUGGAGAAGGAUCAAACGUUCACGCUACCGCUGCCUGCUUGCUCUCUUGAAAUGAAUCAGGUGGCAAUCACAUCGAUUCGGCCUACCAUCCAGGGUGUUGUGGCUGAUUCGCUUGCGGCCGACUUUGGGUUCCACGACCACUAG